CACCACACCAAGCCGAAACCUUUUCCUAUUGGGCCUGUUCUGUACGGAAUCAUCAUCACCAAUCAAACUAGCUUGGCAAAACGAUGAAUCAUCAUCCAUGACGAAAACUUCAGAUUAGUGUUUUCGGUUUUCAACCAUGAAUUUUUUCCCCAUUUUCAGCCUUACGAGCCUCACUUCGACUCGGAAUUUUUUUCAAGUUUUCAACUUCAUCAUCAGCAAAUGAAGGCAGAGGCAGUGGCAGCAAAACCAGCAAGCGUCAACGCUUCCAAUCCAAUCCUCUCUUUCAAUCGCUACCUAUUUCCCUUUUCUCGCCGAAUCAGCUUUUCUUACCAGUUUUCGUGCUCCAAAGCUGAACCCUUUUCAUCUGCUUGGCUGCCGAGAAAAGCUUCGAAUUUGUUUGAAGGCAGAAGGUUAUAUUCUUCUCAUCGUGCAAUCCAUGCUGUCAAUGGAGGUGAGCGUGCGUAUGUAUCUCCUUGGGAUGAGAAACCAUACGAAAUUCUUCCAAACGGGAAAAAAGCUUAUUUGGAUGAGCAAGACAUUGUGACAUUUCUUGAUCCACCGAAGGAGUUAAUUCCUUUGGACCCGGGUUCUUACAAUCCAGCUGCAUAUCUUUGGAAAAAAAUUGAAGAUAUUCCAGAGGAAAGGCGUUUUCGACUGCCGAACUUGCUAAAACCAAGGCUUAUAGCAAGAGCUUGGCAGGUAGCUGGCACACGAUAUGAGGAUCCCAAGUUAGCAAAGAGAAGGGACUUAAACUUGCCUAAUAAAGGUGGUGUAACAUCAAAGAGAAGGGACUUAAACUUGCCUAAUAAAGGUGGUGUAACAUCACUCGAAUAUUAUGAUUGCCGAACAAGUGGAGGACCAAUGGCUAUUGCUUGGAUUAAUUUCUUCAAGAUGGCGAUAUUUUCUUGUAAAGAUGGGAAUACAUACGGACGGUUCAUUGGUGGAUCAUUUCUGACUGGACUUGCCAGUUCUUUAAGUCCAUUGUAUUUUGUAGUAAGACAGCUUAAGGAAGUAAUGUCAACCGAACAGCCUUGUGAUUUUGCCUGUGAACUUGAGGAUGGGCUCUUUGACAUCCAUGACUACCCAGAGGGCUUUCCAAAACCAGCAAGACAUCCAUAUCCUUUCAAUGAUCAGGUGGUUGUAUAUAUUCGUCAUCUGGGACCAGGGGUAUUAAUAGGGCAAGCAUGGCAGGAAGGAAAAGCAUUGGAUCAGGUUCCUCAAAAAUUGUUUGGUGAGAUUUUGAUGGUGAAAAAUUAUGCUGGUUUUACAGAAGAUCAGUAAAGGGUAUUCUAUAUUCUAGAAAGAAGGUGAAUGAAAUUAUUUUGCAAUCAAUUUAGUUGAGAAGUUACAUUGUCAAGAGGGCAUAGGAAGAAGAAAAGUGAUUGUGAGGCAAACUGGUUGAAUUCCUUGUUAAAGUGAUUCCAAUGGAAGAGUUUUGAAAUCUAUCUAAUAGUAGAUUUCUUGUACCAAUUCUCGUUAUUCAAAAAUAGCUUAGCAUAAUACCCUUUCUAA